UUACACAGAGAGCGUCGACUGCUCUAACGUUCCCUUUUUCUCUCCCUUCUCUCCAAAUCCAUCAAUCCAUCACCAUUCUUUCUUCGCUCCCAUAAACACCAAACCUUGAUUUUCUUCUCUAAACCUACCAAGCCCAGUUGUUUCCGGCGAAUCUUCUUUCUUUUCCGGUCAUAUUUUGAUGGAUUUUAUCGGCAAGAACGCCGGAGUGGUGACUCCUGUGAAAGACCAACACGGGUCUCGAUACAAGAAGCACGAGAAAUCAAGAUGCACCGAGAAUAUGAACCCCAAUGUUUCGCCUGGCCCGAAACACACUGCUUCCCCUGCGACGAAAUCGGCGGGGAAGUCCCAGAAAUCGGCGUCCAAGAACCCGAACCCGAACCCGGUUGUUCGUUCGCCCCGGAACAAGAUCCGGGAGAGGAAGUUCAUCGUUGCGAAGAAGAAAUCAAAGAAGGAGAACCCGAACGUCUCAUGCAAGUGCAAAGAUAAGGGCAAUUCGAAGAUGUGCCUCUGCGUUGCGUAUGAGAAUCUGAGGGCGUCACAGGAAGAGUUCUUCAAGAAGCGAAACGACGACGUCGAAUCGGAGAGUUUGAAGGAGAGCGAAAGAGCUGGGCGUGAACUGGAGGAAGAAAUCGAGGAGGGUUUGAGGAUUCAGGACCUUCAGAUUGAAAAUGGGUCGGGUGAUAUUGACCUGGAUAGUGAAAUGGGUUGUUCAACAAUCAAGAGAAGAAGGGACAAGUUGCUGGAAGAGGCGAGGCAGAGCGUGCCGAAGAGUGGGAAGGUGAUGCAUUUGGUUCAGGCGUUUGAGAAGCUGCUUUCGAUUCCGAGCUCGAAGGAUUCGGAUGAGCAGAAUGGGGAGGAGGAAGCGGCGGAAGAGAUUGGGAAGAAGGCGGCGAAGUGGGCAUUGCCCGGAUUGCAGCCUCCUCCUAAGGCGCUAGAAACACAGGUCUCGUCUUCUUCGUUUUUACCGUCGGACUUGUUUUUGACGUCGGAGAAUCUCGGUCUGGAUCGGCGAACUUCAGUCUCUUCUUCUUGGGAUGGAAGUCUGGGAAGUGUCUCAAGCAGGACUUCGAAUGGGGAGCGAAGGAGCCGAAGAAAUAGCUCUGAAUCUUCCAGCACAAUCGGAGGAGGGAGAUGGAAGAAGAAGAAGCAACAGAGAGCCACUAGCGCUAAGCCAUUCAAGCUAAGAACAGAGGAAAGGGGAAGACAAAAGGAGGAAGAGUUCACGAAGAAGCUACAAGAGAUGAUGAUGGAGGAGGAGAGACAGCGGAUACCAAUUGCUCAGGGCCUCCCAUGGACAACUGACGAACCAGAGUGCUUACUGAAACCUCCAGUAAAAGAAAUAACAAUACCAACAGACCUGAAGCUCCACAGUGACAUGCGGGCAGUAGAGCGAGCUGAGUUUGACCAUCAGGUGGCAGAGAAGAUGAGCCUGUUUGAGCAAUACAAGAUGGAAAGAGAAAGACUGCUGAAGUUGGCAGAAGAGGAGGAAAUAAAAAGAUUGAAGAGGGAGCUUGUUCCGAAAGCGCAGCCAAUGCCCUACUUUGACAGGCCUUUCAUUCCCAGAAGGUCAAUGAAGCAUCCAACCAUACCGAAAGAACCGAAGUUUCAUGUGCCUCAAAACAAGAAGAUCAAAUGCUACUUGUCGUGGGACGAGAUGAGCACCUACACUUACGAACAUUGAAGACGAGAAAGAACCCUUGAUCGGUUUCUCCUUAGUGACCAAUAAUCAUGUCUUUUAUAUUUCUUUUCCUCCAACUUAUUUCUGACAUUACUUUUGAUCUUUGUAUAUGUUUUGAAGCAACUAGUUUAGUUGCAAUUUUUCUACCAUUAAUUUGAUUCUUUGAAACAUCCUUCUUAA